AUGGCACCACCAUCCAACCCCCCCAAGUCCCAACAGGGUGAGAGUCCCUCGGGUAGCGGGAAAAACGAAGCAUCAUCUCCGCAUGACCCGCCGGCGCCAUCACCGUCCUCAUCGUCGGUCAACGAUAAUCUAGCCCAGGCCCUCAAAGACCUUGCAAGGGGAGAGCAGACGGCCAGCACGCUCGAGGCGAACCUGACCAACCUGGAGGGCAAGCUAGACGAGAUACUCGCCUCGUUUGGCGUCUCCGAGGCCGACCUCGACGCUCUUGACGAGCAGGAGAAGUCGCAGAGUAGCGGCGUGAAGGGCGCAACGGGCGGUGCUGAGAACGGCGGCGCGGGCGAGGAUAAGAAGGGGGGUGCGUGA